AGCAAUACCAAAGAUAUCUUUGAAUGAUUCAUAUAACAUCAUUUCACAUUUGAAAGAGCGAUCAAGCAAUUUGAUAGUCAGAAUGGCCUCUUCUUCUUCUGUUAAUUAUGAAGUGUUCUUGAGCUUUUGUGGCCAAGAUGUUCGCUUCAAUUUUGCCGACCACCUCUACCAUGCCUUGGUUGACGCUGGAAUUCAAACAUUCAGGGACGAAGAAGAACUCCCCAAGGGAAACGAGAUUGGCCCGGAACUACUCACUGCAAUCAAGGAAUCAAGAAUCUCAAUUCCCAUCUUCUCAGAGAAUUACGCAUCAAGCAAAUGGUGUCUCAAUGAGCUUACCAAGAUAUCUGAAUGCGAAAGAACGAUGAAUCAGAUCGUGUUGCCUAUUUUCUACAAAGUUGACCCAACGGAUGUGAGGAACCAGAAAAGGAAGUAUGAGGAAGCCUUUGAGAAACACCUGCAAAAGGGUUUCCAAGAGACAGACGUGCAAAAGUGGAAGAAGGCUCUGAGAGAGGUUGGAAAAUUGAAAGGAUGGCAUGUCGAGGAGAAGACGUAUGAAUGGAAGUUAAUAAAAGAAGUUGUUAAAACAGUUCAAAGUAUAUUGAACAAGAGACCCUUGAGUGUUUCUAAGAACCUAGUUGGAAUCCAAUCUCACAUAGGAGAAAUGUUAAUGUUAUUAAAUAUUGGAUCUAAUGACAGAACAAUUGUGGGGAUCCAUGGCCUUGGUGGCAUUGGAAAGACAACAAUCGCUAGGGCUGUCUAUAAUACAAUCUAAAAUCA